GCUGCUUUUGGCUGUAUCAGUGCUGAGGAAACCAAGAGAGGGGGAGCGCUGUGCCUUUAAUGAUCCCAACCUCACAAGAUACUCACUUCCUAACGAAGAGCUUAUGCCCACCGUCAGUAAAGAAUAAUACACCGAUAAGGUAAGUAAAGAAGAGCUGAUUUUUUUUGUUUUUCACUUCUUUUAAUGAGUGAACGGUAUUUAGCUCGACAUACUGAAGAAACUUGGGGAUGAGUCAGAGGGUGCUAUGCUAAGUAAGCUAGCGCUCACGAAUUUUAUGCGGAAGUGCACAGCGGUUCUUUUACCACUGGUAAAACAUGAUCAAUGAGGAUUGGUAUGUGGUCCGAAAUAAAUAAAUGUAUAGAUGUGUUGUCUCUGACUGUAAGCAAUGGGUUCACUGAACUUCCGGUCGGUGGCGUUAUAUUUAAGGUUUUAGAGCUAACUGGACGAGAAGGAGUUAGCAAAAUUCAAAAUGGCUUCCCUCCUUGUUGUCGCCUCCGCUCGCUAGCUCAUUUUGCGUGCCUUGGCUUUGGCGUAGAAGACAAAGCACGCGGUGGUGGCAAAGGUUGGGGAAGUACAACUGGGUCCAAUCGCCAGUGAUGGUCCCCGGCUUUCUUUGUCCUCGUUACAUCGUUUGAGUAGAAGUUCGAGCUGUCGUUUGUAUAUUGAUGGUAUUUUGAUCAGUCAAAAACUAAACCGGUAGGGGAAUACCAACAACGUCAAUAUGGUGGGGGAGGGGAAGUGGGUAGUCGCUUGGGUGGAGCUACAUUUAAUUUGAGAUGGAAGGAGGCGGAUCAAUUAAAUUUUACAUGUGGCAUAUUUCACGUGCCACCUUAACUGGCUUGGAGGGUUAUACUGGGUGGGAUUUUCGAAAUGUCCGAAUGGUCGACCCAGGAACCAUUUCUUCACCUGUGUUUGAGUGACAUGAUAUAUUUCAGGUGUAACGAUCCUUCUGGCCUGUAGAGGGCGAAAGGAGCGCAGUGUGGAGUUGUUGCCAGGGCUGACGAAUCUCCCAGCAGGAAAUAUUAUGGAUUUUUGCCACGGGUACAGAUCCUCAGCUGAUCUAGGCCGCCAACAGUGAACGGUUUCGCGACCUAUCCGAAACCGAGAUUUCUUAUAUGAAUUGUUGGAAAAUCCGUCGUCCAUAUUGGGGUGUCGGCAUAUUUGCUGGCUAUAAGCUGUUAGAAGGUUGGCCACUCUCGAAAUUCCUGUACCAACCAUUUACUUAUUCGUUAGAAUGAAGUUUGUUAUAUAACCCCACUUUGCAGUAACUGUAAAUAUAUUUAUUUAACUUUAACAGAUAUUUAUUACUGUCCAUUUAUGUGUAGUUUAUUCCCAAAUGCUCACUUUUGAAUACCCCCUAUUUAACUACAGUCUCAUCAACAUAAUGUUGAACAUGAGCGGUUGUUUGUCUAUUUAAUUUACAUGUAAUUAUCCUUUUGCUGCCAGGUUGUUCAUUGUGGCAUUUAUGGGUGUUGUAAUAUUUUUUAGUAAUGUUUUUUCUAUGAAUAUGGUCAUUUUCCAGGUUUGCAGUGGCUGUGUCCUAGUUUGGACAUUAACCAAUUCUGUCUACAUAAUUCCCUCUUACUUCAUAAUAAAUUCCUAUUUUUCAUUUUGUUCUCAUUUUCAGACUUCAGGCCAUUAAAAUAGAAUACAUAUUGGUAUGGCUUGUCUUUUUUUCAAAGGUGGUGCACCACUUGGGCAGCUGAAAAUUUGCAGAACCAAAUUAUUAAACAAUUGAUUAUUCCUUAACAUUCUCACAAUGCUUUAUAUUCCCCUAGAUAUGUGCUCACAGUGUACACAUUUUAACAGUCGACUGCACAAAGUCAAUACUUGAGAAGAAAGGACUGUGUGAAUAUUGAGCAGUUGAAUGAUCCCUUCCUCCCCCCUAAUAGUUGUUAAUCUAUUGGGGCUUUGCAGGUGUUGUAUUGAUCAACAUUUCAACUAUCUGUACUAGUGAUGGCCUCCAGAAAAUCUGUUUGCAACAAGAUGCCUGUACACCGUUUGGCACAGGAAUGGAUUCAUAUUUGCUAAAUUUGACUGUUCUCUUCCAUUUCAGAAAAAUGACAGAAGUGAGUGUGACUGUGUGCUUUGUAUGUAGGUUCAGGGUUGUCUUGGGGAAAUAUAGGAGAGAAAUGCUUACAGAAUCAACCUUUUAAUGUUUAAUUGUUGCAUCUAACUUGCUUUUGAUUUCAGUUAAAAGUCCUAAAUGUGUUUUUAAAACAUUGCAGUAAAUUUUGUCUUUGCAAAUUUCUGCAGGCAGGGUAAGAUACGGAGUGCACACUGUUGCACACGCCUAAUGCAUUCAAUCUUUAUGGCGGUUGUAGCUUUUAGUCCAGCCACAGCUGAUACAGUGUAUCAGCUUGUAUUGUGAUGUCACUUCAGUGCUGGGAUGUCGGACUUGUGUCAGGUAGGACAAAUUCCCAUGCCUUCACUGAGACCUAUCUGUGCCCUGCUGUGUUGUGUCCAGUGUCCCCAGAUUGUGGGGGUGUAAUUCAGGCCUCUUGUAUGAUCAGGGCUUUAAGAAAAGUUGAUUUACACCCUGAAACCCAAAAACUCCAUCGAUCUCUGUCUUUGUUCGCCUGCAAUUAAUGAUUUUUUUAAAACAAAAUGGAAGAGUACUGAUUUUUUAAGGCAAGAAAUCCAGUGCCUAUUUGUAUUCAGAUUGUUUUUUUUUUUUUGUUUUUUUGCUUCUCAUAUCUCCCCCCCCCCCCUUUUGAAAUCCCUUUCAUUUCCCUAGUGGUUGAUACACGUGGGUGAGUAGUAAUGGCUAACCAAACACACAUGACCUUAUGUCAUUUCCACGGACACAGUAGAGUAACAUUGGAUGUAAUGUUCACUGACGUGCUGGUUACUGUCAUGUGUUUUCUCUGCUUUAGCUGCAUGUUUGUUACUUUUAGGCUCCAGCAGCCCUGGUUGGCUGGCCCCGUGACUGGAGGCAAGUGUCCAACACUCGUUUCAAUUCUAGAUGAACCUUACUUCUGACUGGCCUAAAAUGUGCAGAAAGAGUGCAGAACAAAAGCUGUUUGUCGCUAGUGCAAAGAACGAACAUGUUUCCAAAGGGCACGAAACGCAAAUUUUCUGACGCUGGCGACGAAGCGACAGACGAGCACCCGGCGAGCGUCAAGAUGGCGUCUUCCUACAACCUGCAGCGUCAGUCCCUGCUGGACAUGUCUCUGAUCAAGCUGCAGCUGUGCCACAUGCUGGUGGAGCCCAACCUGUGCCGCUCGGUGCUCAUCGCCAACACCGUCCGGCAGAUCCAGGAGGAGAUGACGCAGGACGGCAGCUGGCAGAUCAUGACCGAGGCCCUCAACGCCGCCCAGAACCCGACCGACCGCCUGGUCGCCACAGAGAUCUUGUGCCGGCCGUCGGCGCGCGACCAGGACGAGGAGCCCAAGCCCUUCUCGGUCAUCGGUUACGAGGGAUGCCACCCGGAAGAGGUAGUCGUGGAUGACACCUUGUGUUCCGUCUCCCCCGAGACACCUUCCACGUACAUGCCCGGCAGCUUAGGCAUCGGUCCCUGCUGGGAGGAAGAGGACCUGAAGGAGACCAGCGAGGAGGAAGAGGACGACGACGACGAGGACUGUGGUCUGAGAUCAGGGGAGGAGGAAGAGAGGCUGGAAGAGGACUCUAAGACCACAGAGCAGGUCUUUGGCACAUUUGAGAUCAAGAAUCCUGUCCCCAGUCCAGACCCUGCUCUAGAGGAGCUCUUCUCAGAUGUUGACGCCUCUUAUUAUGACUUGGACACCAUGCUGACGGGUAUGCAGAGCACACCCAAAAUGGGACCUUACGACCUUCUGGAAAGUCUGUCCUCACACGGGCCAUCAUCCAUCAGCUCCAACUCCAGCUGUCGGCCUGAUCUUAAUGAACUGGACCACAUCAUGGAGAUCAUUGUGGGCUCAUAAACAGGACCUUCACAUAGACUUUAACAUGUGUCCACAUGUAUCUCUUUGUGUAUACACUCACUUAACAUGGAAGGUGUGUUAAAUCGAGAACCCUCUCUUAAAAAGGAUAUUUGUGCAGUGGGUUGAGAUUCAACAGGCUGGCCAUUAUAAUUUCAUUUACAUACUUUCUGUAUGUUUCCAUUUUUCUACGUGCGCUUUUUUAAAACUAUUGGUUAUGUUUUUUUAAUUUAUUGUCACUUUUACUUUGGAAUGUCAUUACACUACAUACAUCAUGAACAGAACAAGUCAUAUACCAGACCUUCUAAAGCAACAAAUAUUUUCUUAAAAAAAAGAAAGAAAAAAGAUUAAAAUAUAUAUACAUGUACAUAUAAAUAUAUAUUUUUACAACACACACAACUUGGGAACUGUUACAGUACUUUUUGCUUCAUUUGAUUGUCAACAUGAGAGUUAAAGAAAGACUGUUCCAUUGUGUGGAGAUCCUGCCAGUGUCUUAUGGUUUGGUGUCAGGUAUGAGUUGAAAAAGGGUUAAAAGUAUUUGGAUUUUCAAAGCAAAUGAUGGAAGGCACCUUAUUCUGUCAGUGCUUUGGUAAUAUUCGCGAUCUCUUCUCCUUCAAGCAGGACACUCAUGAGUCAAACAGAAACAUCUGAAUUAAGUUUGGUUAGCACCUGCUUUGUUAUGCUUUAAGAAGCCAUAUGUUCUUAUAUUUGUAUUGUUACAAAUGAAGAAUUAUGGGUCUGACCCAGAUAAGUUAUUACUUUUUUUAUUUAUUUUAUUUUAUUUAUUGACUGGAAUUAAGUCAGUGUGGAGUUUUAUUCAACUCAACGUAGAAUCAGCUUUUCAGUUAAUUUAAGGCCUUCUCUAAUUAGACAUGUAUACCUAUCAUUCCUCGUUGAAGGAAUGUGCGGUCCUCCAUUUUCUAUGCAGUUAGUGUUACACAAUGUCUUAACCAGUAUUCAAGUAUAUAAAAAUCAAACAAAGGUUCAUUUAAUGUUUUUUAAUCAUUGAGUAAUGUGAGCAUUUUCUUGUUUUUAAAAAUCUUAAGAGAUACUCCCAAUUAUUGACCAUCAUUAUGGCUAAAAGAUUACUCAGGCAAACUUUUUUUUUAAUUUUUAUGAACAGCCAGUAUUAUCAAAGUCACAAUAACCAUACUCUUGAAUGAUGUCAUUGCAGUUUAAACUGCUAGUCAAACCCAGAAUUAAAAUCUAGAACAUUGGCAUUUAAUACCUUAAUUGGAGUAGAUAUAUGCAUUUUAUAUACAUUGUAGCAUUUUGUAAAUAUUUUUUAAUAAAAGGUACAAAAUAUUUAAAACA